UUUUUUGGUCCCUGCGGGUCACCGUAGUUGGGGUCGCACAGCAGCCGUUGUUGUCAGAGUUUUUACUGCGCUGCUGAAAAAGUAAAAACUAAAAUCGCGCUGCUACGGCUUUUUAGCCCCUUUCCUUGUAUCUGGACGUGAGUGUAGGUUAUUUUCCCGUCGCGUAUUUUGACUGGUAAUGUGAAUAAAUUAAGUAUUGUUUUCACUGUGAGACACUGAGAGCUAACGGCUUAGCCACAGUGACAGCAGAAGCUAAAAAUACACUGGAGUGUUCAGUCACAGCUGAGCAGACUGACAACAGGGACACUGUAGCACUUUAAACAGCAGAUCAUUAUGGGCAACACUAGUGAGAGAGCAUCUGCAGACCGCCAUGGAGCCAAAGCCCAGCGUUCAGACAGCAGUGGCAGUCACAAAGACCAGGAACCCAGCAGUAAGAUGGUGGACAGCACCGAUGACCCCAACAUUUUCAACACGCACGGACCAGAGACGUCCAAGGCAUCUGGAGAGAAAGAAUUCACCCCAGAUAUGGAGGACCUGGUGAAGACUGGCCCUCAGGCUCGACCCACUGUGAUCAGAUGGGCGGGUGGAGGGAAGGAGGUGUACAUCGCUGGUUCCUUUAACAACUGGAGCACAAAGAUACCGCUGAAUAAGAGCCACAAUGACUUUGUUGCAAUCCUGGACCUGCCAGAAGGAGAGCAUCAGUACAAGUUUUUUGUAGAUGGCCAGUGGGUCCAUGAUGCCUCCGAGCCUGUUGUAACCAGUCAACUCGGCACCAUCAACAAUCUGAUCCAUGUAAAAAAGUCUGACUUUGAGGUGUUUGAUGCCCUGCAUGUUGACUCUCUGGAGUGUUCUGACUCAUCCGAUUUGUCCAGCUCUCCUCCUGGUCCUUAUGGACAGGAACAGUACAUCUUCAGGCCUGAGGAACGUUUCAAAGCCCCUCCGAUUCUCCCUCCUCACCUUCUUCAAGUCAUACUCAACAAAGACACCAACAUAUCUUGUGACCCUGCUCUGCUGCCUGAGCCCAACCACGUCAUGCUGAACCACUUAUAUGCUCUCUCAAUAAAGGAUGGAGUCAUGGUACUGAGUGCAACCCACCGAUACAAGAAGAAAUACGUCACCUCUCUGCUCUACAAACCCAUUUAAACCUCACCUGGGUUGCUCCACCACCACAGUGCUUUUAGAGGGCAGUCCCUUUUGUAUUCUGAUGAUUUCUUUUUUAUAGACAUAGCAUUUCAUUAAGCCAAAUCUUUGCACUGAAACGGGUUUACAGAUGAGCUUUGGUCCAGCGGCUUUGGUCCGUUUUAAUGGUUGCACUUCAGGCUACGCAGGGCUGAGAACAUUAGUAGCCAGGAGUGUUUGUCUGCGUGUUCUUAGGGAGUGGGUUCAGUGAAAACCACACACUGCUUAGAGACUUAUUAAAACACUGUGUGCAUUUCAGUCAUGCUGCACCAAAUCUAUAUACAUAUAUAUAUUUUUGCAUGUUUCUGUGUGAUUAGAUGUUUAUCUCGGGUGGGUUAUUGUACGUUGCAUUAGGAGACAGUAGGAUCUGAGGGAAUUUGACUCAGAGUUUUCUAGUGUCUUUGAGUUUUUUCUACACUGGGUCCUUUUAGAAUCACACAAUCUUGGCUUUGAAUUUUAAGUGCAAUAACGCUGAGGAGCAAAAGUCCUGAAUAUUGUUCUGUAGGCAGCAGUAAAUAAUUCUGACGGUGUCAGCGGAAAUGACAUUGAAUACUGUAAGUUUGAUUGUUCUUUUCCAAUCAUUUCAAUCAUUAUUUUCUUCUAACUGUGGACUGGGGUCGGAGGUCAAUGUUUAGCUCUGUUGCCUUUAUCUUGAUAAUGUAUUGUCAGCACCAACCGUCCUGUGAGCAGGAGCGUCUCUAUAAGCUUUAACUAUGCAGCGGAAAACUCUCAGAUUAGUUCUUCUACCUUAAAGAAGGUAAAGUGAACAUGCUGCACCCAUGUGUACUGUCCAUACCUGUUACAUGACUCCUUGAACACGCUGCUUUGCAUGUUUUGAAUGUCCUGCAGUGCACGCAGGCUUUACAAACGUUACAGUGGGAACUUCGACAGGCAUUUAUAAAAUAUAGGGCUACGGUGAUGUUAAAGUUGCCAUACAUUUCAAUGCAAAGUGGGUUUUAGUUUGUUUUUUUUUCUCUCUUGUGUCACUUAUUGUAAGGGCAGUACAGAACUUUAAAAGUGGCGUCAUGAACCCCUAAAGACUCGUCAGUAUUCUGUGAACGUUGAGCCUGUCUAAAACUUUAGGACUGAUGUGCUCAAUGAAGUGUGUUACUGUAGACAAAGACUCUGCAGAGGUAGUGAUUAAAGGAA